ACCCCUCCUCAGAAACAGUCCAAAAUGUCGAAAACAAUCAGGUCUACACCAUCUACUACGACAACACAUGCUGAUGGUGGUAAUAAAAGCAGUGUUUCUACACCAGAGAUGAACAAAUCUAUAACUGUCAAAUUUAAAACAUCAAAAGCAGCAAAACAAUUCCAACUAGUGCCUCAACAAAUAGAGACUUCUCCAAAUCUUACUUCCAGGCAGCAGUCUAUGGUGAAUGGAUGCAGACAGAACACCGAGGGAGAAGAAAUCCCAAGCCACUCAAAUGAAGACAAUGAAGAUUUUGAUGAAGAAAAUAAUGAAGACACCGACGAUGAUGAAAACAAUAAUAAUGAUGAAGACACUGACGAUGAUGAAAAUAAUAAUAUUGAUGAAGGCAACGGCUAUGAUGAAAACAAUGAUAAUGAUGAAGUCACUGACGAUGAUGAAAACAAUGAUAAUGACGAAGUCACUAUCGAUGAUGAAAACAAUAAUAAUGAUGAAGGCAAUGGCGAUGACUGUAAUAAAGAUGAUAAUGACAGUGCUGAACUCGAUACAGAUUUUGCAGCUGUAAAAUGUUCCUCCAAUACAAAAUCAAGGCGAUGUUUUGAUCUAAGUUACCCAAGUACAAAAUACGCGUCGCCCCGUGAUUCUAAUUCUUCAGGUUCAAGAUCCAAAUCUCCGUCAUUUAGAAACGGACGCAAGAAUAACAUUCACAUUGAUGCAAAAAGAAAAAAGAAAAUCAGUGAAUCGGAUUCUUCAGAGUCAGGUUCCGAGUCGAACCAGCAGCCUGUUACGACUGGAUCUAGACAGAAUGGAAUACCAAAUACAAAGAGGAAAGUAACAGAUGAAGAAAAGCACAUGGGUGUUGACGGCCAGGAAAGUGUUUUACCAGAUGAAAGUAACAGUGAUCUAGAAGAUGAUGGCCAGGCAGCGUUCGUUCUCUGUGUGCCCGCUGUUUCUACAUUAUCCCAUGAACUCCGAUUAGCCAUCACCAGAGAGGUAUUCCGAGACGCAGGGCCUGUGGUCAGCAUCAGGAUGUGGCACGAUCUUCAUCCUAACGUUCCUCGGCACGAGAGACAAAUCAUCUUCCUCAUCAAGGAUCUCGCACAAUGUAUUCAGUCCAAGGAGGUUGAACAGCUAAAAUUAUUCUUAUUCAGUUCGAAAUAUUUUGAACAAAAAGUGCAUGAAUAUGAAAUAGGAAUAAAAGCGUUGAAUGAGCUCGACAAUCCAGAAUUAGUCGACCGUUAUUUCAUAAAUAAGCUGCUCAGCGCCUCAGAAAUGAUGGAAGCUUCCAAUGGUAGCAUUUUGACUGUUGGAGAGUGUACAGUUUUGAAGACACAUAUAAAUGAUGCACUGGAUCAGGAUGGAACAAUACGAGCUAAAUGGCCGGCUGUUAAAGAUAUGAUAUGUUGGAGUGCCGUCACCAAAUUGUCUUCAGAACCAUCCACCAUGGAGUCUAUUCACUGCGAAGAGAGACGGCUGGAGAAAUGGUUGACCAAUCUGGAUCCUCCUCUCAGUUUGGUUGGCGUCCAUCCACAGGAGUCGGUUUUCCGGCUCUCAGAACAGAACACAGAUUUGGUGGAACGUCUGAGAAAGAAAACUGACAACGCCCGUGCAGCUGUUGGGAGCACUCUGCUGGUUUUUCAAAGAGUUGAUACCGAGGUUGUCCACUUCGACAGAUAUUUUAAGAAGGUUUUAGAAACGAUGGAUUCCACACAGCUUUCCAAUCAGGUCGUACUCCUGCCCACUGCACAUGUGAAGAGUAAAGCACAACGAGCGGCAGUGGUUUCCUUGUUGCCUGGCAACCUGCAGCCUCAUGUCAAAGUAUUGACAGCUCUUGACCCCGCCUUCAUGCCAUGUACAUGGAUUGCUCUCCAGUUUCUUGAGAUAAAUUGAAAAACUACAAUGUGGAUCCACCAAUACCAUCAUAAUGGUCAUCGUCAUCGUCAUCAGCAUCAGUAUCAUCAUCAUCAUCAUCAUCAUCAUCAAGACAGACCAGAAAUAAGACAAAGUCCUCUUCAGCACACUGUGACUAAGUAAAUGUUUGAGAAUAAAAUCUAACAAAUAGAUUAAGAGGAAGGAAAUGAAAUCGUGCCUUGUAUUCCAAGAAUUAAUGUUCUCACAAACUUCAUAUCAAGUUAUUAAUAUCCUUGAUAAACCCUUGAAUAGGUGACAUCACAUACACACAGACACGUACACAGUCACACACACACACACAAUCACACACACAUACACGUACACACACAUACACUCACACACACACACAGACACAAUCGCACACGUACACGUACA